AUGGCACAUGUGAACAUGCACGAUGAUCCUGAUAUCAAGACCGGAGACAACAUAGAAGACAACUCGGAUUCAACCAGUAGCGGCGAGGAAAACGACACAACCAGCGCUCUAUUCGAAAGGCUCAUCAAAGAUCUCACGUCUUCCGAGCCGCCAAGGCUCGACGAAGUCCUCAAACACCACAAAGAAGAGCUCAAGGAUACAACCGAGGAGGGUGACACAAUCCUCCACCUGAUCGCCGCCGACCGGAAGAAGACUCGCGACGCCACCAAGAAACUGAAACCGCUUCUGGGGUACCUCAUCGAGCACCACCCAAACCUGAUGAAGGCGAAAGAUGCCAAUGACAAGACACCUCUGCAGCUUGCCAUCAAGAAGAAACGCACAACCCUUGUCGAGAUCAUGUGCGAUGCGAUGAACGCGAACCACGAUGUCGACGAAAUCCUGUUCAUCACCGACUCCCAAGGCAAUAACUGCUUACACGAGGCUCUACAAGUCAGUGCUAGCAACUCGUACAAGAUCACCCUCGAUAUCAUCGCGCGCGUGCACGACGGACAGUGCCUGCGUCGCAAGAACCUCGCCGGCCGAACUCCCUUACACAUCGCAGUUGAAUACGACCGGUGCGUACCUUCGCAGCUGCGCGUCGCGCGCAAACUCCUCGACACUUGUGACGAGGCGCUUGAUGCAAAUAUCAGUGGCGAUCCCCGCGAGCUUUCCGUGUACCGCUACCACGAGCAGACACGCCGUGAGUACGUGGAGAAGCAGAAGGCCAAAAACGCUGCAGCCGAUCAAGAAAAAAAUAGAAGUCGCCAAAAUCACCGCCAACCGAACAUCAGCAAAGGCUUGACUCCACAAGCGCCAGCCCCGGUCCCGGCGCCGCGUGAGAAUGCGGUCGCGAUGAUAAGGCCGGAGAUGAAUAUUGCUCCUGACGUGUUCUCCGUCCAUGGUGACGGACAGGUUCUGAAGUCAUUAGGGAAGAGUUCUGGUAUGGCUCACCUGAGUGCCGCACAGAGCCCUACGGUCACAGAUGUUGAAGCACGCAAGAAAGGAAAGAAGAAGGCUGAUGGGAAGAAGAAGGCAGAGGAAGAAAGCGUCACAGAAGAGUCGGCGAACGAGAUUCGAGACCUUUUGAAGUUACGCUUCAUGAUAAAUUCCAAGAGAGACCACGAGGCCACCGUGUCGUUCCUGUAUGGGGCCAUACAGCAAAAAGAACUAUUCUUCUCGCUGGUUGACGGGCCGGCCACCUUGAGCAAGCAGAUAUUGGAAGACUCAAGACACUUCAAGUUUGAGGAUACACUCCGCUACGUCGAACUCCCGCAACUCGAAAUUGAAAGACCGGCUCCGUCAAAGUUUGCCCCUAAGAUAGCUGUUCCGGAUGGACACGGCCGGACCGACUAUGCUGUGGUUUUCGAAUGGCUGCGUAAGAAGGGCGUGAAACGCAUCCUCAACCUCUCAGUCAACGAUCUUAAGGAGCCUUCGCAUAGUGAGGAGACUAUAGAAGAGGCUCUCAAGAGUAUCGAGGUAAUGAAACUGUGGGACUGGCAGAGAUCGGAUCUCAGCUCCGAGACGAUCUUCAAGGCUGCCAAGAACGUAGAAGAGGUAUACCUGUACUGGACCGGGAAUGAAGCUGUGCUCCGAAGCUGGAGCGAGCCAGAGGGGUUGAAUAAAUUGAGGAAUCUGAGAAAGGUCACGGUCUUUGAGACUCAGGCUGAGAAGAAACCGACCACACUCGCGCAACCUCAAGACCAGCACAAAUGGAUCACAUGCAUGGAAGAAUUCGCCGAUUUCAUUCAAAGCGUUAAGCUUGACGACUCCGGGUUGAACCAAGUUCCACCAGUCACUGUAGCAUUGAUCGACGACGGAUACGAUAUCAGCGAGCCUGGCCUCAACAGCAAAAUCAUCGGCGGCCGCAGCUUCUGCCGCCACAACUCCAGAAACAACCACGCCUCGUACUUCGUCACCAGCGGCGGCCACGGCACAGUCAUGGCAAACCAAAUCUGCAGGGUCUGCCCCAACGCAGAGCUCUUCAUGCUCAGGCUCGACGAAUACAUCGGCGCCCAAGGCAAACGCCAGAUCACAGCCGAAAGCGCGGCGCAAGCCGUCCGCGCCGCCAUCGACCUCGGCGUCGACAUCAUCUCCAUGUCCUGGACCCUCGAAGCCACGCCCCAAAACAAAGACCACAUCGCGCACCUCAGCACCGCCCUCACCGACGCCGCCAAAGCCAACAUCCUCCUCUUCUGCGCCGCGCCUGACCAAGGCGCUGACACGACCCGCACCUACCCCGCUGCGGCGGGCGGGCCAUGCAUCCACAUCGGCGCGGCAGAAGCCUCGGGUGAAGCGUACGAAUGGCUAGGCGCAGUGCCCGUGGACUUCUUGUUUCCCGGGGCCAACGUGCUGCGGAGCCGUCCCGGCAGCGAUCUCGACAACAGCGGCGGCAGGCUGACCGGGUCGAGCGUGGCGACGGCGCUGGCAGCAGGCCUGGCGGCGCUGGCGCUGUACUGCGUGCAGUUCGCUGUGCAGUAUGCCGUCGUGGCCAACGCGCAGGGCCGGCAGCAGCAGGUCACGGCUGAAGAUCUACGCAACCUGAAGACACGGCACGGGAUGGAGGCUGCGUUUCAUGCUAUCGGCACGACGGCGGCGAGCCAGCACAAGUAUCUUGAGGUCUGGGACGUGUUCGGGCCGCCGGCGAAGCUGGGGACGGGGCAUAUUGAGAGGGAGAAGCGGGAGGCGAUUGUGAUGGUGGCGAGGAGGCUUGUUAUGACGAAGAAAUUGGAUGUUUUGAGGAG